CAAGCUGGACGUGUUAGUGACCGCUCUUAGUUAAAAGAAAAAUUGUUUCCGUGACUUCAAAUUGCCUUUUCGUCACUUCAGAUUGCCAUCUUCUUUGUUUACCGCGUGUUAGCUGAGAAUCAAUAGAUUGCCUGGCUUCCUACUACAGCGAGAUAUGCCUCUUGAAUCUGUGACAAACAGACGUGAAAUGCUCAGACAUUUCGCGUCUAGUCAUCUAGAAAAAGUCAAUUCUAUCGCGAGAAUUAGACAGGAAGAAAUGGCUACCAGCUUUCAGCCCCAGGGCGUCACACGUCAUGCAGGUCAACGUGUUGGUGUCAGCCCACCUAUGCGGUACGACGUGACAGAUGGCAGUGCACGUGUCAGGGAUGGCAAUGGUGCUGCUGUCAGUGACACUGGCCGUGCUGUUAAUGAGGGUGACAUUUUUGUCAAUGAGAGAGUCAGUGCUGUCAGAGACAGCGGCGCUGCCAGAUCAGAAUAUUCAUGGACAGGGAGAGGUCUAUGCUUGACCUGCCUGCAGAGACCUAUACAGGUUAUCAACCUGCCCUGCAACUGUCUGUGUAACUGUGUCAACUGCCAACCGCUAAUGACAAAAUGUGCCAGAUGUCAGCAGGCCAUUCAUGGCACAAGGGUUACUUCUUAACAUAGCAGCUUCAUAGGCAGAAUACUAUAUAGGACCAGA